GGCCUCGACUCCGAAUGAUCUUUCGAUGACUGGUACGGAUCAUACUGGAUCGAUAUCUCCAGGGCUACCAGCGCCUGGAGAUUCAAUUGUCCAGCGAAGAAAUGAGGCCAUCCAGGCCGCAACGCAGCAGCCGACUGCGGACGAGGGGAUGCUGUCUCAACUUACAAGCAACCCUUUUUUCACAGCGGGAUUUGGCCUUGCAGGGCUCGGUGUCGGCGCAAGGCUUGCCCAGCAAGGUCUUCGGCGUGGCGCGGAUCUGAUUCGGAGACGGAUGCUCAUCGAUGUCGAGAUCACACAUAAGGACGAUUCAUAUCCAUGGUUUCUGAAUUGGAUGACACAAUAUCAACAGUCGCAGCUCAGCGCAUCUCGGUCCCAAGCCAGCGGGUCUGGUUUCGUGGACUCGCUCUUGACCAAACUCACGCCCAGGAUGCGCCAACUUUCAGUCGAUACUAAGACAGUCAAACACUCGAACGGCGCCAUAAACACCCAUUUCACAUUGGUCCCAGGGCUGGGUCGACAUGUACUCCGCUAUAAGAACACAUUCAUAUUCGUCAAUCGUAUGCGUGAGUCCAAAGCUCAGGAGCUCACAACUGGCCGGCCGUGGGAGACGAUGACCCUUACCACUCUUUACUCCCACCGUCAUGUUUUUGAAGAUCUUUUUGCCGAAGCCCAUGCAUACGUCGUGAAAGCAAACGAAGGAAAGACCACGAUCUAUCGUGCCGAUACCGCAACGUGGACACCAUUCGGAGAUCCGCGACGCAAGCGCACGUUAGACUCAGUAAUUUUGGACAAGGGCGUGAAAGAGCGAAUUGUGGAAGACGUCAAGGAUUUCCUGGCUACAGAAUCGUGGUAUCAUGACCGUGGAAUUCCCUAUCGCCGAGGAUAUCUCCUGUACGGGCCGCCGGGUACUGGCAAGAGCUCCUUCAUCCAAGCCGUAGCGGGAGAGCUGGAUUAUGACAUUGCCAUUCUAAAUCUGAGUGAACGAGGGAUGACUGACGAUCGGCUCAAUCGACUCUUGACUAUAGUCCCGAAGCGGACUCUUGUUCUUUUGGAGGAUGUGGACGCCGCUUUCUCGAAUCGCCGCACUCAAACAGAUGAGGACGGCUAUCGCGGUGCCAAUGUUACCUUUUCUGGCUUACUGAAUGCUUUGGACGGCGUCGCGAGCGCGGAGGAGCGGAUUGUCUUCCUGACCACAAACCACGUGGAGCGCCUUGACGAGGCCCUCGUGCGUCCGGGACGAGUGGACAUGACAGUACGUAUAGGCGAACUCACUCGCUACCAGGCUACCUGUUUCUGGGAGCGGUUCUACGGCGACUUGGACUCGACCGGGUCCUACAAGCAAGCGUUUCUCGAACGGCUCUAUGAAUUAGGUCUUAUUGAAAAUGAGAACGGCGAGAGACUCGACCCGCCGCAGAGCACAAGCGCUGCCGCGCUACAGGGCUUGUUCUUGUAUAAUAAAGGAAAUAUGCAGGGGGCUAUCGCAAUGGCCGAAGGACUGACUUACCGGAUUCAGGAAUAG